AUGACGGGCCGCCUCGCCGUCGGCGCCGCGCUCGCGUCCCGUCGCGUCCUGCGCAUCGGCGGCGAGGACGCGCUGUCGCUCCUGCAGCGCGUCGUCACGAACGACGUCCGACCGCUCGCGUCGCCCGGCGCGGCUCCGGUGUACGCGGCGCUGCAGAACGCGCACGGGCGGCUCGAGCACGACGUCUUUCUCCAUCGCGAGAUGAUGAGCGCGGCGGGCGGCGUUUCCGGCGCGCUGCUCGCGGACCUCCCCAGCGACGGCUUCGACGCCGCGCUCGCGCUUCUGAUGAAGCUGCGGCUGCGCGCGGCGGUGACGCUGGACGACGUCGGCGACGACCACGCGGUCGUCGUCGCCGCGGCGGACGAUGAUGGCGAGGAGGGAGGACGCGGCACUAGCGUCCUCCCCGCGCGGUUCCAGUUCCUCCCCGUGGACCCGCGGUGGGUCGGGCUCGGACGCAGGGGGGUGCUGCCCGCGGCCGCGGUCGCCGCGUUGCUGGGCAGCGCGUCGCCGUGCGGGCGCGGAGGGAGCGGAGGAAGCGACGGCGGCGACGCGUCGACGUCGACGUCUGAAUCUGAAUCUCGAUCGAUCGAUCCGUUCGACGGCGGCGGCGACGCGGCGUAUAGACGCCACCGCUACCUCCGCGGCGUCGCGGAGGGCACCGCGGAGCUCGCGACGCGGCUGCCGCUGGAGUGUAACCUCGAGGGGUUACACGGCGUGUCGUUCGAUAAAGGGUGUUACAUCGGGCAAGAGCUCACCGCGCGGACGCACUUCGUCGGCGUCGUUCGCAAGCGUCUGGCGCCGAUCGCGUUUCGCUCCGCGGAGGACGCCGCCGCGGCGCUCGCGAGCGGCGGGACCGUGCACUCGAGCGCGGCGGCGGGGCCCUCGGGGUCGAAGCGAGAGCGAGGAGGGGUGGGCAAGGUCGUCGCGGUCGAGGGCGACGUCGGGUUAGCGAUGAUGCGGGUGGCGGCGAUCGGGUCCGACGCGAGGAUGUGGGCGACCGUCGACGGGGGCGGCGAGGUGGAGAUCGAGACGCCGGCGUCGGCGCCGUCGUGGUGGCCGAAGGAAUGGACCGACGCGGCCGAGCGUUCGUGA